UGACGUGUCACUGUCCACCGAAGCAUUGUGGGAAAAAAGUGGAGCUGACGGCUGCUGAUGGCAAACUGCUCAGUUUGGUUAAGAUAUUCGACUAAAUAGCAGCCUUAAGGAAGAUAAAUUAAUGGGAACUAUGCUGUUUCACAAAGUUAUUAUCAACAGGCGGUGAAGAAGAGGAACAUAUGCCGUUGUCAUCGCUGCUGUCCUGUGCACGGACGCUCAAAGCAGAGAAGGGGGAUACUGUGUCAAUGGACCGCGGCGUUUUUAUUUUCUUUUUCAAGAGAGCCAAAUAAAAUAGCAACGGAUCACAUUCCCACUGUGGAUGGGUGGGGGGCAGCUGCGCUCCCGCAUUCAUUAAUAUUCGAAGUUUCUUGAGAUUUGUGUCGAAGACGCCGUCAAAGAUGUCGACCAGCAGUCCCGAAGCGGUGAAGAAAUUGUUGGAGAACAUGCAGACCGACCUGCGGUCUCUCUCCAUGGAGUGCAAGAAGAAAUUCCCUCCAGUCAAAGAGGCUGCAGAGUCUGGCAUUGUAAAGAUUAAGACCAUUGCAGCCAGGAAUGCAGACGUACUGGCAGCUCUGAAGGAGAACAGCUCAGAGGUUGUACAGCCUUUUCUGAUGGGCUGUGGCACUAAAGAGCCAAAGAUCACCCAGCUGUGUCUGGCUGCCAUCCAGAGACUCAUGUCCCAUGAGGUGGUGUCAGAGGCAGCAGCAGGGAACAUCAUCAACAUGUUGUGGCAGCUGAUGGAAAACGGUUUGGAGGAGCUGAAGCUUUUACAGACGGUCCUGGUCCUGCUAACCACCAACACAGUGGUACAUGAUGAAGUACUUUCCAAGGCCAUUGUGCUGUGUUUUCGUCUCCACUUCACCAAGGACAACAUCACGAACAACACGGCAGCUGCCACUGUUAGGCAGGUUGUCACUGUGGUGUUCGAGAGGAUGGUAGCUGAGGAUGAACGAUUCAAAGGCAUUGUGGAGCAGACUCCUCCUGUCCAGGGAAACACCAACAGGCGAUCUGUCAGCACUCUGAGGCCCAGUGCAAAAGAUGCAUACAUGCUUUUCCAGGACUUGUGUCAGCUGGUGAAUGCUGAUGCCCCCUACUGGCUGGUGGGAAUGACAGAGAUGACACGGACGUUUGGCCUAGAGCUCCUGGAGUCUGUUCUUAACGAUUUUCCUGGAGUGUUCUUACAGCACCAGGAGUUCAGUUUCCUUGUGAAAGAACGGGUGUGUCCCCUUGUCAUCAAACUGUUCUCCCCCAACAUCAAGUUCCGGCAGGGCAGCAGUAGCUCUGCCUCACCAGCACCUGUGGAGAAACCUUACUUUCCCAUCUGCAUGAGGCUGCUGCGUGUAGUCUCCGUCCUUAUCAAGCACUUCUACAGCUUACUGGUGACUGAGUGUGAGAUCUUCUUGUCUUUGCUGGUGAAGUUUCUGGAUGGUGAGAAGCCUCAGUGGCUGAGAGCAGUGGCUGUAGAAUCAGUACACAGGCUAUGUGUGCAGCCACAUUUAUUACGUUCAUUCUGCCAGUCAUACGACAUGAAGCAGCACUCCACUAAGGUGUUCAGAGACAUUGUGAAUGCCCUGGGCUCCUUCAUUCAGUCCCUCUUCAUCAUCCCUAAUGUGGGCAACACGGCUGCUGUCAGUGUGCCUGCAGGAGGCUCAGGUUUAGGGUCCCAGGGUGCAGUACAGGGUGCCCCAGGGACAGGAGGGGUUAGUGGCAACUUGGCUACCCAGGCUGCAUUUGAAUACCGUGGAACCUGGAUCCCCCUUAUGACUGUUAGUGUCCAGGGCAGUGCCAAGGCCACCUACCUAGAGAUGCUGGACAAGGUGGAGCCCCCAUCCAUCCCAGAGGGCUAUGCCAUGUCUGUGGCCUUCAGUGCUCUUCUGGACCUCGUGAGGGGCAUCACCUCUAUGAUUGAAAGAGAACUGGCCAUGGAGGAGGGAGCAGCUGCUGAGUUCAGGGAGGCCCACCCUGACCAGGAGUGGCAGCCACAGCCUGGAGCCCACCAAGUAUGGGAAGAGAUGGUGAGUGCCUGCUGGUGUGGUCUGUUGGCUGCUCUGUCUCUGCUUCUAGAUGCCAGCACUGAUGAGACAGCUACAGAGAACAUCCUGAAGGCGGAGAUGACCAUGGCGGCACUGUGUGGUCGUCUGGGCAUGGUGACUCCCCGAGACGCCUUCAUCACAGCCAUCUGUAAAGCAUCUCUGCCACCUCACUAUGCCCUGACUGUUCUCAGCAGCAACACCACCAGCCUCUCCAGCAAAGCUUAUUCAAUCCAGGGCCAGAGUGUGCAGAUCAUUAGCCCCUCCAGUGAAUCUCAUCAGCAGGUAGUGGCUGUGGGCCAGCCACUCACCUCGCAACCCCAAGGCACUGUGGUGCUCACUGCCAAGAACAUAAAAACAACCCUGCUGACCUUGGCCCACUGCCCCGGGGCUGUGCUUGGCACCUCCUGGCAGCUAGUACUGGCCACCCUGCAGCACUUAGUGUGGAUCCUGGGCCUGAAGCCAGGGGUGGGUGGUGCCCUUAAACCUGGCCGAGCUGUGGAGGGACCCAGUACAGUGCUGACCACAGCAGUGAUGACAGACCUGCCUGUCAUCUCCAACGUCCUGUCCAGACUUUUUGAGAGCUCCCAAUACCUGGAUGAUGUGUCCCUGCAUCACCUGAUCAAUGCUCUUUGUUCCCUCUCCCUGGAAGCCAUGGAAAUGGCCUAUGGAAACAACAAGGAGCCGUCUCUGUUUGCAGUCGCUAAGCUUCUGGAGACUGGCCUUGUCAACAUGGAUCGUAUUGAGAUCUUGUGGAGACCUCUGACUGGCCACUUACUAGAGGUCUGCCAGCACCCAAACUCCCGGAUGAGAGAGUGGGGUGCUGAGGCAUUGACAGCGCUCAUCAAAGCUGGUCUGGCCUACAAACAUGAGCCUCCACUGGCCCAGAAUCAGCGGCUGCAUCUUCUCUUGUUGAACCCCUUGAAAGAGUUGUCCAACGUGCUUCAUGCCGACAUCCGCCAGAAACAGCUGGAGAGUGUUGGACAAAUCCUACAGAGUCAGGGGGACAGCCUGGGGCCUGGCUGGCCCCUCGUUUUGGGUGUCAUAGGAGCUAUCCGCAAUGAUCAAGGCGAGUCACUGAUUCGAACAGCCUUCCAGUGCCUGCAGUUGGUGGUGACAGACUUCCUGCCCACCAUGCCUUGCACGUGCCUACAGAUCGUAGUAGAUGUAGCCGGCAGCUUCGGUCUCCAGAAUCAAGAGCUCAACAUCAGCCUCACCUCCAUUGGCCUACUGUGGAACAUUUCAGACUACUUCUUCCAAAGAGGAGAAGCCAUUACACAUGAAUUGGAGAGGGAGGAAGAAGCUCUGCAGAAGCAGGCCCAGGAGAAGGGAGAGACCCUCAACAGGCCAUUUCACCCUGCCCCUCCCUUUGACUGCCUGUGGCUGUGCCUGUACGCCAAGCUGGGUGAGCUGUGUGUCGACCCAAGGCCUGCUGUCCGUAAAAGUGCUGGGCAGACAUUGUUCUCCACCAUUGCUGCCCACGGGACCCUGCUGCAGCAGCCAACAUGGCAUAUUGUUGUCUGGAAGGUACUGUUCCACCUGCUAGAUUGCGUGAGGACGUCGUCCACCACAGCAGACAAGGAGAAGAUUGAAUCUGGUGGCGGAAACAUCCUUAUCCACCACUCACGUGACACAGCUGAAAAGCAGUGGGCAGAGACAUGGGUGCUGACACUUGCAGGGGUGGCACGCAUAUUCAACACAAGGCGGUACCUCCUGCAGCAGCUGGGUGAUUUCUUUGAGGCCUGGUUGGCAGCCCUCAAGAGCUUUCAAGAGAUCCUACAGAUUGUUACACCUGUUAAAGAGUCAGACAAAACAAGUGAUACACUCGCUGCUAUGGGCAUGCCCCCCGUGCUCAUCGACCCCCUUACAUUGUCUGGUCCUGGCAGACCCUUGGUGCGGUCAGAUUCACUAGUUGAGCGGCUGACGUGUUACAAUGGUGCUGAGCUGCAGGCCCCUCCCCCAGGGGAGGAGUCAGCCUUGGAGGACUCUGCAUUGUGGUGGUCAGCAUGGAACACAUGGUAUCGGACGGGAACGGACAGCACAAGACCACCCAGUGGUCCGACGGAGAAACUCUCCUUUAUCCCUAGCCAGCCCUUCCUCACAGCUUUGGUCCAGAUAUUCCCAGCACUCUACCAGCACAUCAAGGCCAGCUUUAGCAUGGACGAUCUGAAGAAGCUAGGGCUCAUCCUCCAUGGGGCUGUGUCUGUGCCUAUCAGCAGUGAUGCCUCCCCCUUCAUCCUCCCCUCAUUCACUGAGGCAGUGCUGACUAGCCUUCAGGAAGCAGUACUCACAGCUCUGGAUGUUUUGCAGAAGGCCAUCUGUGUGGGCCCCGAGAACCUGCAGGUCAUGUACCCAGCCAUCUUUGAACAGCUGCUACUCUUCGUGGAGUUCUCUUGCAAGCCUCCUCAGUAUGGCAGGGUGGAAACCAAACACGUGGCCAAUGCCAAAUACAACCAGAUCCAGCUGUUUGCACCGGCUGAAUGGGUUGCCUUAAACUAUGUACCCUUUGCUGAGCGCUCCUUGGAGGUGGUGGUGGACCUGUACCAUAAAACGGCGUGCCACAAAGCUGUCAUCAAUGAGAAAGUUCUGCAGAACAUCAUCAAGACUUUAAGGAUGCCCUUGGGUUUGAAGUAUGCCUGUCCAUCAGAGAGCACCUGGAAGCUCGCUGUUUCGUCUCUGCUCAAGGUGUUAUCUGUUGGACUGCCUGUGGCACGCCAGCACGCCUCAUCUGGGAAGUUUGACACUAUGUGGCCAGAGCUGGCAAAUGCCUUUGAAGACUUUCUGUUUACCAAAAGCACACCUCCAGACAACCUAUCCAUUCAGGAAUUUCAGAAGAAUGAAGCCAUUGAUGUAGAGGUGGUCCAGCUGAUUAGCACAGAGAUUUUACCAUUUGCUAGUUUCAUCCCCAAAGACUUUGUUGGCCAGAUCAUGGCUAUGCUCAAUAAGGGUUCCAUUCACUCACAGUCUCCCUCAUUCACAGAGGCAGAGAUCGAUGUGAGGAUGAGGGAGGAGUUUUCUAAGGUGUGCUUUGAGACACUGCUGCAGUUUUCCUUCAGCAACAAGGUGUCGACCCCGCAGGAGGGCUACAUCUCUCGUAUGGCACUCUCUGUGCUCCUCAAGAGGUCCCAAGAUGUUCUCCGGUGCUACGUAGAGGAUGAGAGGUUGAGCGGACGCUGCCCCCUGCCCAGGCAACAAGUGACAGAGAUUAUCUUUGUCUUGAAAGCUAUCAGCACUUUGAUGGACUCGCUUAAAAAGACACAGCCAGAAAACGUGGAUGGCAACACAUGGGCUCAGGUGAUUGCCCUGUACCCCACACUGGUAGAGUGCAUUACAUGCUCCUCGUCUGAGGUGAGCUCAGCCCUGAAGGAGGCAUUGGGGCCCUUUAAAGACUUUAUGCAGCCACCGGUCUCCAGAGUCCAGAACGGAGAGUCCUGACCAGGCUCACUUUCAGCUCUUUGUUUUUAAUAAUGAAGAAAUCUUGAAUGUGUCUUCUCAAUCCAUGUGCUCCACAUGAGCCCCAUCCAAGGUGACAUGAAGCACCCACGAUGAGCGGAGUUUCCGAGGUCUGCUCGGACCACAUCAGUGACCUGGACUUUCAUACGCAUCAUCGUAUGCUUAUCACGUGAGCUGAUAGCUCCCCUUCCCCCCUCCACCCUCAUACAGACUGACUGCACUCUUGUGUUGACUACAGAGAUUUAAAAAAUAUUGCAGUGUUGCCGCUGAGUUAAGUUUGUUUUAUUCUCCUGAUAAGGCCAAGUCAGUGUACAGUGUUUGGUGAUAGUGUUGAUGGAUUAAAAAAAAGAAAGCAGAAAGCGGGGCAACAUGAAAAUGAACACUUCAGACACUUUUGCAACAUUUUCAACAGUGAGCAUUUUAUGCAAGAAAGCGAAUCUUACUGUAACAUUCCAUGUCAUCUUUAGCCAGCCAUCAGAGAAGGGAUGUAUUUGUCUGCAUAAAAUAAAUGGGACAGUUCUACAA